UUGAAAUUGGUAUAAAACGUCAGCUGCCUACGCGAUUCUCCAUCUAUUUUACAUUCAUUUCGGUGUGAAAAAAACGUCAAAAUGAAAGUAAUCCUGGUGGUAUUUAUCGCAGUAGCUUGCCUACAAAGUAUCUUGGCAGCCCGUACAGAAAGGUCGAAUUCUCGGAGAUAUAUACGCAAGACAAAUUCUCGAAAUUCCAACAGAGAUGGCCCAGUUUACCCAAUAAAUAAUUUAAAUCGUUCCUGGUCUCGUUCUCGUUAUGGUGAUGAUUUUGAUUUAGCUGCUUUCAUAGCAAAUGGUGAAAGAGGCCAAAAUGGUAAAAAUGGUAAAAACGGCGGUGGUGGCAGAGGAGGUGGCGGCGGCGGUCCCUUCGGAGGUAGCGGUGGAGAAGGUGGCAGUGGAGGUAGCGGUGGAUACGGGGGCGGCGGCGGUGGCGGCGGUGGAUACGGUGGAGGCGGCGGUGGAUCUGGCAGAGGAAAUGGAGGCGCUGGAGGAAGUGGAAGCCCUGGAAUUGUCGUUAAAAGACCGAGUCGCAGAUCCUACGAGUAUGAUGUUCCAGUUUAUAGAGGUACUCCAGGCAGACCUGGUGGCUCCGGUGGUGGUCCUGGAAAAGAUGGUGCUCCUGGAGCAUAAACUGUUUCAUUGAACAGCUCAUGUCUACAUUUCAGUGCUUCAUCUGGAAAUACUUCACACAUCAAUAGACCCUGUUUUCUUUUUUAAUAUUCACGAUGUAAGUAUGUACUACGUGUAGAAAGAUUGUAAUAAAUCCAUAUAAAUAUUUGCAUGAUUAAUUCGCGUACCUACCAAA